CGUGUAUAUGUUCUUCCGUAGCCACCCACCAUUCUCUUUGACAAAUUAGUUGUUAAACGAAGAAAAUGGCGGAGUUGCUUUUGAGUUCGUCGGCACAGUCUUCUCUCAGACCCAGAGGGAUCCUCUCGUUCAAUACCCCUUCUGCUUCACCGAUCCGAAGUCUCGCCUUCACUAGUUCCAAAGGUUUUCAUCCUUUAGCGUUCAAAUCUGCUCACCAAAGGUUGAUCACUUCUAUUACUGUUAACUGCGUCGAUUCGGGAGCCAAAGCUGUUGAAGUCGAACCUGUGAUCGGCGGAGGAGGAGGUGGUGGAAUCGGAGGGGACAAGUUCGGCGGGGGUGGGGGAGGCGGCGAUGAUAAUGACGAAGGAGAAGCCGGCGGGGAGGAGGAGACGCCUUUGCCUUUGUCUAUGUCGCAGAAGUUGACUCUUGGUUACGCUUUCCUUGUUGGAGUUGGUGGGCUGAUGGGUUAUCUGAAGAGCGGUAGCCAGAAAUCGCUGCUUGCGGGUGGACUUUCAGCUGCUGUUCUGCUCUUUGUCUUCCGUGAGCUCCCAACUAAACCUGUUCUUGCUUCAACCAUUGGUGUGGUGAUGGCGGGUGCAUUAACGUGGGUGAUGGGAACUCGGUACAUGGGUUCCAAGAAGAUAUUUCCGGCUGGAGUCGUGUCCUUCAUGUCUUUCAUUAUGACCGGAGGAUACAUACAUGGCAUCAUGCGCAGCCUUCACUAAGCAGCAGCCGCACCAUCACUUAGCUUUGCAGUUGUGUCUAAACGUUUUCUCGGGUUUAAAUUGGACUCUGUUUUUUUUUUCUGUUUGUUUACUUAUGUAAAAGUACGCAGCUUUGUAUUUGUUUUGUUUGAACCGUACCAGAAAUAAGAAAACUACCCAAUGUUUAACUUUCUUA